AUGGACGGGCUGCCCUGUUGGGCGCUGAGGGCCGCCUGCUUUCUGCUGUUGGCGGCCGGCUGGCUGGGGCCCGAGGCCUGGGGCUCGCCCACGCCCCCGCCUUCGCCCGCCGCGCCGCCGCCGCCCCCACCGCCCGGGGCUCCGGGCGGCUCGCAGGACACCUGCACGUCGUGCGGCGGCUUCCGGCGGCCGGAGGAGCUGGGCCGGGUGGACGGCGACUUCCUGGAGGCGGUCAAGCGGCACAUCUUGAACCGCCUGCAGAUGCGGGGCCGGCCCAACAUCACGCACGCUGUGCCCAAGGCCGCCAUGGUCACGGCUCUGCGAAAGCUGCACGCGGGCAAGGUGCGCGAGGACGGCCGUGUGGAGAUCCCGCACCUCGACGGCCACGCCAGCCCGGGCGCCGACGGCCAGGAGCGCGUCUCCGAGAUCAUCAGCUUCGCGGAGACAGAUGGCCUCGCCUCCUCCCGGGUCCGCCUCUACUUCUUCAUCUCCAAUGAAGGCAACCAGAACCUGUUUGUGGUUCAGGCCAGCCUGUGGCUUUACCUGAAGCUGCUGCCCUAUGUCCUGGAGAAGGGCAAUCGGCGAAAGGUGCGGGUCAAGGUGUACUACCAGGAGCAGGGCCACGGAGACCGGUGGAAUGUGGUAGAGAAGAAGGUAGACCUCAAGCGCAGCGGCUGGCACACCUUCCCGCUCACGGAGGCCAUCCAGGCUCUCUUUGAGCGGGGCGAGCGGCGACUCAACCUGGAUGUGCAGUGCGAUGGCUGCCAGGAGCUGGCUGUGGUGCCCGUGUUCGUGGACCCCGGCGAGGAGUCGCACCGGCCCUUCGUGGUCGUGCAGGCAAGGCUGGGUGACAGCAGGCACCGCAUCCGCAAGCGGGGCCUGGAGUGUGAUGGCCGGACCAACCUCUGUUGCAGGCAACAGUUCUUCAUUGACUUCCGCCUCAUCGGCUGGAACGACUGGAUCAUCGCGCCCACUGGCUACUACGGGAACUACUGUGAGGGCAGCUGCCCGGCCUACCUGGCGGGGGUCCCAGGCUCAGCCUCCUCCUUCCACACGGCUGUGGUGAACCAGUACCGCAUGCGGGGCCUGAAUCCCGGCACAGUGAACUCCUGCUGCAUCCCUACCAAGCUGAGCACCAUGUCUAUGCUUUACUUCGACGACGAGUACAACAUCGUCAAGCGGGACGUGCCCAACAUGAUCGUGGAGGAAUGUGGCUGUGCCUGACUCGGCAGGGCUGUGGCCGUGGGGCGCCAGGACAGUCCCGGAUGGGCGUCUUGCAGCCCCGACGGGAAGGGGGUGUGUGGUGAGCUAAGUGCUGUUGUUCAGUUGGGCUGCCCAGAAGGUGCCAGGGUGAAGCCUGAAAUAUUUUUCCACUUCUUCAUCCAGCAAUCAGUCAAAAGCAGAGCAAGAACCCUCAACUGACAUGAAAUACUUUAAAAUGCACACGUAGACACGCACAGCCAGACGCAUCCUGCCACCCACACAGCAGCCUCCAGGAUACCAGCAAAUGGAUGCGGUGACAAAUGGCAGCUUAGCUACAAAUGCCUGUCAGUUGGAGAGAAUGGGGUGAGCAGCCACCAUUCCCACCAGCUGGCCCGACCACUCUGAAUUGCGCCUUCGGAGCACACA